UUUUUCGUUUAUUUAAGCAUGUCCGACUUUGAAAUGGAAGAGAGUGGCUCGGAAUACGACUCCGAUGACAACUCCGAUGCUGAGUUGCAAGCUGCUUUUGAGCGUGGCGAACUGAAACCCGGCCUCAAUGUGGAAUUCAAUGGAACUCGCGGCAGAGUAAACGAUAUCACAAAACUGCUAGCCAAAACAGAAGCCAUUCGGCUGCAGCUGCCAUGGGUGGAGCGGCUGGACAUGGUGAACAGUCUGGCGCCUUUGGCCCCAGAGCUGGCCGUCCAACUGGAGAAGCACGAACAGAAGCGUGCCAAUGUGUUUAAAGGCAACGCCAAGCUACCUUACGUUCGGCCUGAAGAGGAUCCCGUGCUGAACGAUUUCAAACGUGAGAUGCUAUUCCAUCGCCAGGCCCAGAGCGCCGUGCUGGAGGGAAUCCAGCGGUUGCAGGAGCUUGGCAUCAAGACACGCCGUCCCGACGACUACUUCGCUGAAAUGGCCAAGACUGACGAACACAUGCAAAAGGUGCGAUCAAAUCUGAUGGCCAAGCAGCAGGGUCAGGCCAAGUCGGAGCGCAUCAAACAGAUCAGGGAGCAACGCAAGAUGGGCAAGAUGCUGGCCAAGCAGACCAAGGUGCAGCGCGAGGCCGAGAAGAAGGAUAUGCUGGACAAGCUGAAAAAGUUCCGCAAGGGCAAGCUGAAGAACCUGGACUUCCUCGAGGACGCCAAGGCGCUGGAGUCCAAGCAGAAGAAGACCGCCGAAAACCGCAAGGCCCGAAACAAAAAGUUCGGCUUCGGUGGCAAGAAGAAGGGUCUCAAGCGCAACACAAAAUCUUCGUCGGCUGGCUUGGACGCAGAGAAGUCCACACGCCGCCAGCGGGGUGCGAAGGCUGGUGCAUCGGUCAACAAGCGGAUGGGCAAAUCGCGACGCAUCAAGGCCAAGGGCAGAAAGUGACCGAACUUCGGCUUAUGAUUAGGUGACCCAAACUUAGAUUUUAAAUGCCUUCCGCAGAUCGUGUAUAGAUUUAUUAUAACUAAAUACAUACAAGUUUAUGUGCACUAAAUAGA